AUGGGUCGUGUUAGAACUAAGACUGUUAAGAGAGCCUCUAAGGUUUUGAUUGAACGUUUCUACCCAAAGUUGACCUUGGACUUUGAAACCAACAAGAGAUUGACUUCUGAAAUCGCUGUCAUUCAAUCCAAGAGAUUAAGAAACAAGAUUGCUGGUUACACCACCCACUUGAUGAAGAGAAUUCAAAAGGGUCCAGUUAGAGGUAUUUCUUUUAAGUUACAAGAAGAAGAACGUGAAAGAAAGGAUCAAUACGUCCCAGAAGUCUCUGCUUUGGACUUGUCCCACACUAACGGUCAAUUAGAAGUUGACUCUGAAACCGCUGACUUGGUCAAGACCCUUGGUUUCAAGAUCCCAAUCCAAACCGUCGCUAUCUCUGCUCAAAGAGGUCCAAGACGUUUCGCCAAGAGAAACUAAAUUCUUUAAGAAAAAGCAUUUAUUGUAUGAUAUAUUUUCUUUUAGUAGAUAGUCAAUCUAGCGUCUCUUUUUUUAUGUGUACUUAAUAAAAGAAAAAUCGAUAUAAA